GCUUGGGAUUUUUUUUUUAUCUGUGUUGGUUUGCUAAUUGAACCCCCUCGUUGGAGGUUGCCAUGCCGUUUCUGUAAAAAAGUAUGUCCGGAAAUCCAGCAUCCGGUGUCCCUGGGGGCGCCGGGCUCGCCUUAGAAAUGGAGCAGGUGUCGCAGAAUAUACAAAUCUUGCCGGAGGAGACCCUCGUGCGCAUUGGCAAGGGUCCGCUGAUCAAGUUCACCAACGCAUGUGAUGAUAUUGAGAAAGUCAACCGGGUGUUCCAGUCACUUUUGGAGACUUACUCUACGGCCUCGCUCUCUCAUGCGCAUACUACCGCCGCUUGUAAUGCGCUCAGUGCCUUUUUGGAUGCAGCGCGGACGUCCACCUGCGAGAGCACGAGGCAGUUAGCUCGCUCCGACGAGACUUGGCUGUCGGUAUUUGAGGUCUUCAUGACCCGAUACAAGGAUGUCAAGCCCAAGCCGAUGAAGCAGGUGUUGGAGUCGCUGGUCGCCCUGCUGGUGAAGACUCGCCAGGAAUUUGAUCGGUCAGCGCUCCGCAAGAAGAUCAUUGAGACUACGAUUCCCAGCGUUGUUCUCGGCGAGCCUCGCGCGCGGCUAAAGGCCUCGUUCGCCGCGUUGGAGAUGCUGCUCCGCAAGAGUGCAAUCACGCCGUUGGAGCUGAUCUCGCUAACGGACCAGUGGCUUCUGGAUCAUUACGAGAGCUGGACGGCUCUUUUCAAGGAGGACUGCAAGGCUCUCUCUAUCGAUAUCUCGCAGUACCUGCAGGAUGUCUCGGAGAGUGAUAGGUACCGGACAGCCACCGAGAUUCUGGUCCUUGGUAUGCUGGCCCGGGCUACCAAGGCCGAGCUUGCUGCCGCUUCGGGUGAUACGAUGGCAGCCUUCUUCCAGAAAGUAAAGGCUACGUCUAAUUCUCAGUACCUGACGUCUGUUUGGGUGGCGCCCGUUCGCUAUAUCUUGCUGAGGAACUCGGACAACAUGGAGUAUAUGUGCACCUAUGUUCUCCAGCCAUCAUUCUCUAUUGAUCCGGCUGGCUUCAAAUCGUUUAUUGAGCGACUGCCUCUCAACAGUCUUCUCGCUGGUGAUAUGAGCGAUGCCCCGGUGGCGGAGUUCAUGCUAUUGUUCUCUUCUCUGCAGGUCGCCAAGAAGACUGGUCUUGUUCAUGAGGAUCAAUACAUCGCCAAAGCAGGCUCCAACACUGCUUCCGACAAUGUGCUUGUCUUGAAGAGCGAGGUCAUUGGCCAGUUCCUCUUCCAUCGCGACAUAACUAUCAGAAUUGCAGCCCUCUCUCUGCUCAUCACUGCGCCAUCGACGACAAGACCAGUCUCUUCGGCAACGAUGAAGGCGAUCUUGAGCGGACUGCCCUCUAUGCAUACCGAGUCGGAUUCCUACUCGAGAGGCGAAAUCCUGAGUAUGAUCCGCAAGUUGAUUAUCCGCCUGAAGGGUGGGCUUUUGGAGGAUCAGGACGGUCCCAUUGAACAGAAAGCCCCAGCGAAUAAGAAACAGCAGCCAAAGCUUGCACGGAAUGACACGACGACUCGGGCGUGCAUGCAAGAAUAUCUGGACUUUUUGAAGGCGGACCUGCGGCCCACGGCUUCUUACCCUCGCCACGUCUCCGCCCUGAAGACAAUCAUUCUCUUCCUGGAGUCUGGUCUUGAUGGGAGAUACACCGCGACGGACAAUAUCAAGACAAAAUGGCUCUCUAGCCUCGAAGUGUUCGAGCCUACCCUGCUCAGAUUGCUGGUGGAUCUUCUGCUUGAUCCUUUCGAGGAGGUGCGAGCCACUUCGCUCUACAUUCUGAAUUUGUUCCCCCAGGAGGUCUUGUUUGAUAGCGCCAAGCAGACUGGAGGAGAGAUCCCCCAAAUCAUCGAAGGUCUCGCCAAGGCGGAACAACUGGCAAGCAACACCAGCCGAGCCGACUAUGCAGAUACCGUUGCUCGUUUGUACCAUAUCCUCUUCCGCGCAGCAGCCGUGGAUGGAGCGAAUCUGGCUGCGCCCUGGUGGGAGAACAAGACCAUGGUUGUUGAUACUCUUCUAAACAAGCUGGAGCAGAAGCUUUCCCUUGCAGGGGGACUGUUCAACUCUUCCAUGCGUGAUGCACCGCUGCAUGGAUACGUCUCCGCUCUCAGAUACAUCAUUGCUACCCCCAACUUUUACUCGUUGGUUUCAAGCGGGCAACCUUUGUAUGACAACUGGAAAUCUAUCCAUGUGAGAAUCGUGCAAGUUUGCGACCAGAUCUGGAAUGAGGUGAAGCCUGUUCUCUGCAUCGACUCGCCUGAAGGCCAUACAGAUGACCCCAUCGAGGAACUUGGUGUCGGCCCUAAGGAUAUCCUGUCUUACUCGUGGCGUGCUCUUCGCGAAUCAAGUCUUCUUCUGCAUGCCACACUUGCCAACAAGGCAUACGGCCCAGAAGGCGAGACCGGGCUAUCGGUUGAGCAUUUCGAGAAGAUUGGAACUCUCAGCUUCAUCCAGCUCGCUGAACUCCGGCACAGAGGAGCAUUCUCGACCGUAUCUCAGACAUUUGCUACUUGCUGCCAACGGUGCGGUCAAUCAAACAGCGAGGAGAUUUCCGCGCUGCCUAGUCGGUGGUACCAGGAGGCGAAGAAGAUCAUCUUUGAGUCUGCUUCCAAACUCACACGCCGCUCGGCUGGUCUUCCUGCACUAGUUGUCGGCAUUCUCUCCUCGAAGCCAGGCGGACCGCUGUUCCAAAGUGUCAUCAAGGACCUUCACGAGAUCUCCCACUUGCCUGCGGAGCAUGACCCGUCGAGACAGGACGUGCCUUUGCCGCAGGUGCAUGCGAUGAACUGUCUCAAAGAUAUCUUCACCAACACCAAGCUGGGACCCCAUACGGAACCUUUUAUCAUGCCUGCGUUGAGACUUUCUGCUGAACGCCUCGGAUCGCCUAUUUGGGCCCUCCGUAACUCGGGUCUGAUGCUGUUCCGCGCCUUGUUGACGCGCAUGUGCCGCACUGGUACUGGUCUGGGAUUCGGUGGUAUCUCAGGCUCCGAACCUGGUGCCCGAGUUUCCUUCCAGAAGUAUCCUGGCCUGUUUGAACUCCUGCCGACCCUUCUCAGCCCGUCCGAUAAGAGCGACAAUGCUGGCGAAAGCGACAACGCCAGGGUUACGGAGCGAGUUUUCCCAGCCCUGGAGCUCAUUGCUGAAAAGGUCCCGAAUGUCACUGGAGUCGACGAUGAGCUCUUGCGGGCACAUGUCCGGGAGCAGUUCAAGAGCCCAGUUUGGGGCAUCAGAGAACAUGCAGCUCGAGUUUAUGCCUCGCUGUUGAACCGUUCAGAUGUCUUGGCCAGCAUCAAGGCGUUGCUGAACGUGCAGAGGGACACCAUGACGCAAGACUAUCUCCAUGGAGAAGCUCUCUGUAUCAAGUAUUCUCUUCGGAGGCUUGCGUCGAGCUCGUUCUCUUUCUGGAACGAGCACAUUGAUGAGGUGUUAUCCACCCUGAAGAACAUUUUCGCGUCAUCCUUCCCAUUCGCGGAGUCCCCGUUCGUUGCCAGUAUUCUGCUGGAGAUUCUGAGCGACGUCGUAGAGAAGAGCAUCGAAUCUGGCGCCGAGGAAAAAAUGAUCACUACCCUAAGCCAGCUGUCCGAAUUCUACUCUUUCGCCAGCAUCCGGCAAUUCGUGUUCGAUUCGUCGCACCCGUCCUGGAAGACCUUUAGCACCACCCGCGCUCCUUCUCUCCUCCGCCGCGCCAUCUCGUGGGUCACCGUUCUGCAGAUGUUCGUGACAGACAAGCUGAGCGAGGUAGAGCCGCUGCUCGGUGUUGUUUCGCGCUUUGACCCCAAUGCUGGCCAGUGGCUGUUGGAGCGCAUCCAAGAGAUCUUUGGCGAGAGGAUUCAGUACAGACAGGCUCUGAUCAAACUUUAUUACACUGUUAUCCUCGGCGCCUACCCCGAGGAAGUCAAAGCAUCGGCAAUCUCAUGCCUAGCAUCUGCUCUGUCGUUCGUCCUAGACGUCCACAAUGAUGCUGUCACCCAGAUUGACCUCCCUUGGAAGACGCUAGAAAAGCAUCUAAAACUUGCUUCAAGCGAGAACAUAUGGAACAGAGAUCGUUCGGACGCCGAGCUCAUCCUCGAAGGAUGUCUCCUUUCAUUGAAGACGAUCUCUGGCCGCCAGAGCUCCGAUCUUGAUGUACUGGAAUGGGCAACACGGCUGCAGUCCGCCAUGCAAGAGGAGACAGAAUUCACCACGCGUCUUGCCGCCGUAUCCUCCGUCACAGCAUUUGCGCGCACACUCCGCCCUGCCGGCAGCGCCCCUCGCACAGAGAGCGCCUUUUUGGAGAUCUACCUGGCUCUAUACGAUAUGCUCAACGACGACGACGAAGAGCUGCGCGAUCUGGCCGCUUCCACCGCCUCCUGGGUCCUGUCAAGCUCCUCCGUCUCCCCGGACAAGGCAGUGGCCCUCUCCCCCCUGAACGCAAGCGAGCUCCUCUCCAAGUUCAUCACAGAGAACUACACCAACUCGCGCCUCCUCUACCAAAGAACCACAGCCUACAUCGCCGACGCGGAACCCCGCCUCAGCACCUCCAUCCCCAAAUACGUAUCCAUCCCCAACCGUCUCUCCGACCUCCGCAAGGAAAGCACCAUCCUCUUCGAAGAAGAGAAACAAAACCUCUUCAUCGACGAAGUCCGCGAAGUAGACGUCUGGUCCGCCCGACUACGCCAGCUAAGCGAAUCUGCGUACGACGAAGCCUCCCUCAGCACCCUCUUCAACUGGGUGUCCACCGGACUCUCCUGCUUCGGAGAGAUCUUCGCCAACGAGACCGAAAAGGACGGACUUCUGGGCUGGGCCUCGAAGCCGGAGACGUUCACUCUGGGCGUGCGGCUUUUCGGCAUGGCUGGGGCGAUGGUUUCCAGGGACUCUGCGGCUGCUAGGCUUUUGGGUCCGGAACGGGUUGAGGUUCUGAAGGAGAAGCUUCAUGUGUUGCUUGCCAGCGGGGAGGGAUCUUUGGUGCAUGAUGAUUGGAUUUCGAGGAUACGGGCUGCUUUGGAGUUAUGAUUGUGAGGUGGUUGGGCGUGGUGUGGUAUAGAGAAAAGUAUAGAGAUGAAUUUCACGCUGUCCUU